CGCAGACGACAUCAGAGCUGGAGGAGUGAACGGACGUCUCCCACAAGGACUGUGAGAAAAGUGAUCAAAGCGAUCGUAAGAUGCCAAAGGAGGCACUUCCCAAUAAAGAAUGGAGGCGGCGCCUGAAAUUAUUUGCAGAAAAUGGAACAUGGAAAAAAGAUUUUGGAGUGAAACCAGGCCCAAGAUCCAAGUUUUACAGUGUUUUCUGUAAAAUAGAAAAAUGUCCAAUGCUUGGACACAAAGGCCAGCAGCGGCUUUUGAAGCAGGAUUGUAUUUGUGGUUAUCACCAGAAACCUAGCAGUUUGGAUCCCACCAGUCCAGAUCUCAGAGCCCAGGUUGUGAAAACUUCAAUUCCAGCUGCUCUUGGGAAACCUAGCAGUUUGGAUCCUACCAGUGACAGUCCGGAUGUCAGAGGUCAGGUUAUGAAAAGUUCAAGUUCAGCUGCUCUUGGGAAACCUACUAGCAGUUUGGACCCCACCAGUUCACAUGUCAGAGCUGAGGUUGGGAAAAGUGCAAGUCAGGCUGCUCUUGCGGCACUCCUUCAAUAUGGGCCCAAAAGAUUUGUGAAACAACCAAUCAGACCAAACAUAGUCAAACGGAAAAUCAUUCAGCAUCCAAGCCAAGAAAGACCUAGCACUAGUACAGACAGCUCUACAGUGACACAGGCAGAAUCAUGUGAUCUACCAGGACUCUGGAAUGAUAACAUCCCAGCACAUGAGAGGAGGUGGAUAAAGAGGGCACUAUUCCAAACUGGUACAUCUGGCAAAGCAGAGUUAGUGGACAAUCUGCAACUCUGGUACAACCCCCCUCAGCCUCUGCCAGUGUACCACAACCCUCCCAAUCCUGACCGCUUUUUCAGCAGACCUAUUAUGGUUUGGAUGCCAUAUAGGCUUUGGCGUGUACGACUGCAGUGUCCGAAGGAAGAGUGUGGUGGCCACCACUUAACUGGAGCUGGUCUCCACAGGAGAGCACGCCAAGUGCUUGAUGUGGAUGGCUACUAUUACUUGGUGACGGAGACGUUGACUUGUAGCCGGUGCCGUACACCAUACCUGUCCUGGAAUGAUGUUGUCCUCAACCAGUUAGACAUUGGCCACAGAGGGCAAUUCCGCAUAAUAAUGACCACCAAGUAUGCAUGUGACAUCAGAGUCAUCCGACUGCUGAGAGAGCGCACAAUAGGGAACAGUCCAACCCGCCUCAUAAAGCAGCUGAUGGAGCAGCAUACUGAAGAGUGGCUUCAGAAAACAAUUCAGUAUCUGACUGAAUGUAACCCUUUUGUUGGUUUGACUGGAGUCCAGCUCAGGGCAUUCCAAGACCCCCCAUCCCCAGCUGUAGUACCGACAGUGAGGUGGCUUCUCAGUGUGUAUGGGAAAGACAUCAUGACCCGUGUUGAUGAAGUCAAAGCUUCUAUCACUACUACAUUUGGAUCCAUUCUCGCAAUGGAUUCCACUAGGAAGAUCACAAAGAAGCUGGCAGGACAUGUCUCAAAGACAGCGCAGUGGCUAACUUCUAUCAAUAAUGAGAAGGGGGAGAUACUGGUCAGUGUCCUCACUGCAUCAGAAGGUCAUGGACUAGACAUCAUGGCCCAGGGUCUGAUGAAGAGGUAUCGUGAUGCUAGCGUCACACCUCCCAAGCUCAUCUACGUUGACAAUGGGUGUUGUGCAGAAGGUGGCAAGAAGACCAGCCUCCAGAUGCGGUUUGCACAGUGGCCAGGUCUGCAGGUUCGCCAUGCAGACCAGCUGCCUGGAUAUCAGCAUGUGGAUAAGUUGACCAGCUACCUCGUUGAAGUUGAGCAAAACAUGCCUGAAAGUGGGUCAUCAUCUAGGGCGAGGUUAACCUGUGCAAAUGCAUGGGAAGUGGAUUCUCUACCAAGUCCCCUUUAUGCUGGAGGGCCUCCAUUCUACGUCCCGUUGUACGGCCCUGUUUGCGAGUAA